CGGGUCCCCGCGAGGAGCGCCCCUGAUUGACGGCUCUUUGUUUCCGCCCGCCAUCCCCCGCCCCCGAGCAGCAGCGCUCGGGGCUCCGGCGCUUCGCCUGGGCUUCCCCCGCGCGCAGGGGCUGGGGAGCAGCAUGGAGACGGGGGCGCUCCGCGGGCUGUUGGCGCUACUCGUCCUCGGCGCGGCCAGCGCCGCCAGGCAGGAGCUGCAAGUCCUAGACCUGCUGACGGUGACCGAGGCCCGGCACAUGGCCAGUGUAGCAGACAAGAUCAGGACACAACUACUGGCAGUCGAUGACAUUUACCUCCUCUCCACCUUCCGCCUGCCCCCCAAGCAGGGCGGGCUGCUCUUCGGCCUGUACUCCAAAAAGGACAACACCAGGUGGCUGGAGGCCUCCGUCAUUGGGAAAAUCAACAAAGUGCUGGUGCGCUACAUGCGGGAAGAUGGCAAGGUGCACUCCGUCAACCUGCAGCACGCCAGCGUGGCGGACGGGCGGAGCCACACGGUGAUCGUGCGGCUGAGCGGCCUGCGUGGGGACACCCUGGCCAUGGAGCUCUACGUGGACUGCAAGCAGGUGGACUCCAGCGUGGGGCUGCCCGAGGUGAUGAUCCUGCCCCAGGCUGAGGUGGAGUCGGUCGAGGUGCGCACAGGGCAGAAGGCCUAUCAGAAGAUGCAGGGGUUCGUGGAGUCAAUGAAGCUGAUUUUAGGAGGGUCCAUGAGCCGAGUUGGGGCCCUGAGCGAAUGUCCCUUCCAAGGGGAUGAAUCCAUCCAGAACGCAGUGACCGGGGUGCUGAACUCCAUCCUGGGUGAGCAGGCCAAGGCCCUGGCCAUUCAGCUGACCCUCUUCAACCGGAUCCUGGGGGAGCUGCGAGAGGACAUCCGCGACCAGGUGAAGGAGAUGUCUCUGAUCCGGAACACCAUCAUGGAGUGCCAGGUCUGCGGGUUCCACGAGCACCGCUCUCGCUGCAGUCCCAGCCCCUGCUUCAGUGGUGUCGACUGUAUGGAGACGUACGAGUACCCCGGGUACCGCUGCGGGCCCUGCCCGCCCGGCUUCGAGGGCAACGGCACUCACUGUGCUGACAUCAACGAGUGCAGUUAUGCAGACCCUUGCUUCCCGGGCGCCAAGUGCAUUAACACCGCGCCUGGCUUCCGCUGCGAGCCCUGCCCUCACGGGUACAAGGGGAACCUCAUCUCUGGCGUGGGCGCAGACUAUGCCAAGGCCAGCAAGCAGGUUUGUACAGAUAUUGACGAAUGUAACGAUGGCAACAAUGGCGGCUGCGACCCGAACUCCAUCUGCACCAACACGGUGGGCUCCUACAGGUGCGGGCCGUGUAAGGCUGGGUUCCUGGGGAACCAGACGCUGGGCUGCGUCCCACAGAAAUCCUGCAGCAGCCCCACCCACAACCCCUGCGACAUCAAUGGCUACUGCAUGUUCGAGCGGAACGGCGCCGUUUCCUGUGCGUGUAACGUGGGCUGGGCCGGGAACGGGAACGUGUGUGGGCGGGACACGGACAUCGACGGCUACCCGGACGAGCCGCUGCCCUGCAUCGACAAUGACAAGCACUGCCAGCAGGACAACUGCCGGCUGACGCCCAACUCCGGGCAGGAGGACGCUGACAAUGACGGCGUCGGAGACCAGUGUGACGAUGACGCGGACGGGGACGGCAUCAAGAAUGUGGAGGACAACUGCCGACUCUUCCCCAACAAGGACCAGCAGAACUCAGACACUGACUCCUUCGGAGACGCCUGUGACAACUGCCCCAACGUACCCAACAAUGACCAGCGGGACACGGACAGCAAUGGUGAGGGGGAUGCCUGCGACAACGACAUCGACGGGGAUGGGAUCCCCAAUGUUCUCGAUAACUGCCCCAAGGUGCCCAACCCGCUGCAGACGGACCGGGAUGAGGAUAGCGUCGGGGAUGCCUGCGACAGCUGCCCUGAAAUGAGCAACCCCACUCAGACGCGUGCUGUGUGCUCAGGGAACGGUGUGGGCGACGUCUGUGAGGAGGAUUUCGACAAUGACACUGUGGUGGACCAGCUGGACGUGUGUCCGGAGAGCGCCGAGGUGACGCUGACCGACUUCCGGGCCUACCAGACCGUCAUCCUCGACCCCGAAGGGGAUGCCCAGAUCGACCCCAACUGGGUGGUUCUCAAUCAGGGCAUGGAGAUUGUACAGACCAUGAACAGUGACCCAGGCCUGGCAGUAGGCUACACGGCCUUCAAUGGGGUGGACUUCGAGGGCACCUUUCACGUUAACACCAUCACGGAUGACGACUACGCCGGCUUCAUCUUCAGCUACCAGGACAGCGCCAGUUUCUACGUGGUGAUGUGGAAGCAGACAGAGCAGACAUACUGGCAGGCGACGCCCUUCCGGGCGGUGGCCGAGCCAGGUCUACAGCUCAAGGCCGUGAAGUCCAAGAACGGCCCCGGGGAGCACCUGCGCAAUGCCCUGUGGCACACGGGCCACACCCCAGACCAGGUCCGGCUCCUCUGGAAAGACCCUCGCAACGUGGGCUGGAAAGACAAGACCUCCUAUCGAUGGCAGCUCACACACAGGCCCCAGGUGGGCUACAUCAGGGUGCGGCUCUAUGAGGGACCCCGUCUGGUGGCCGACUCUGGGGUGAUCAUCGACACCACCAUGCGGGGCGGGCGGCUGGGCGUCUUCUGCUUUUCCCAGGAGAACAUUAUCUGGUCCAAUCUGCAGUAUCGGUGCAAUGACACGAUCCCAGGAGACUUUGAGCCUUUCCGCCGAUUCCUGCUGGAGGGCCGUGAGUGAGCCAGCCUCCUUCCCCAGCCACACCCAGGACCUCUCCAAGUGCGUCACCAAGGGACUUCUUGUGGCCUCCACAGCCUCCUCCCUGAGCUGGGCCUCGGCUUCUCCCUGCCUGUGGCCCACAGGCCUCCACGCUGUCCAGACCCGGGUACUGGAACCCAUUGGACCUUGCGUUGCAGCUAACUGGUACUAAAGUGCCUGCCCAGCCCAGCUGGGCCUGUCUCCCCCUCAGCAGGAUAACCAAAGCGCACACCCUUGCCAGGACCCAGCCUCAUGGGGCUCUGUAGCUGGGCAUUGAGCAAAGGACCGCAAGGCAACUGGUGUGUCUGCCGGUGGAUUGGGGCCAUCAGGCGAGCUUCUCCAGUUGGUACUGCUAGUGCCCAAAGCACCCGCCCCUCAGCCCUGGCGCUCCUCCUCCUGCUGGAACCUUCAUCCUGAGUCUGGCCAUAAAGUUCUGAUUGUUUUCUA